UGGGAUCUGCAUAUAAGGACAAGUUCCCUGGACCGGCCAUCACUUCUACGGCACCAUGAUCCCAGCAGUGGACUGAGCACCACCCGGGUCUUCGAUGCUCCAUUCAUGCCACCUUCCAGCUUUGCUGCGUGACUGCUUAAGCCACUCGUGGGAUGCUGUGAGCUCUGCUUUUGCAAGAGCCACUUUCUCUCCCUGCACCGGCCUCGCUCGGUCUGUAUCCGGCAGGAGGCACGCCAGCCGCUUGGAUGAUCUGAUUCCUUUCCUGCCCUAAAUUACUCCUGCCCAGAUGCAGUGGAUACUUUUCAUGUUGCUGUUAUUCAUCAACUCCAUGGAAAUGCGCAUGCAGAAAAGAAGGAAGAAACAAGCGAGCGCUGGCUUCUUUGAGAACUGCACGGGCUGCGUCAUGUGCUCGGAGGAUAAUGGGUGCAUUGCCUGCCAGCAGCGUCUCUUCCUGCUGAUCUGGAGGGAUGGAAUCCGCCAGUAUGGGGCAUGCGUCCAUGCCUGCCCACCUGGCUACUUUGGGCUGCGAGGCCAAGAGGUCAACAGAUGCACAAAGUGCAGGUCGCCGAGCUGCGAGAGCUGCUUCAGCAAAGAUUUCUGCAUGAAAUGCAAAGAGAAAUUUUAUUUGCACAAAGGGAAGUGUUUCAGCACGUGCCCGCCGAACACCACGGCCCAGGCCAGCACCAGGGAGUGUCAGGAGAUGUGUGAGAUGGGACCCUGGAGCGAAUGGAGCCUCUGCAGCAAUGAGGGGAGAACAUGCGGCUGCAAGUGGGGAUCGAAGAUCAGGACGCGCGAAGUCAUCAGGAGCACCAGAGAGGAGGUGGUGCCCUGCCCGGCCCUGCUGGAAUCCAGGAAGUGUAGAAUGAGGAAGCAUUGCUCUGGAGAGAAACCCGAGACCAUCAAGAAAAUGAAAAGGGAAAAGAAACAAAAGAAGCAGAAGGUAGAUUCCCUGGCAUGCACCUAACCAGCAUCCUCCCAGGUAGGACUCCGGCAGGCAGCACUGGGGGCGGCCCCAUGGGAGCACCGUGGGGCACAAAGGAGAUCUUCACCCUGAGGUCUCAGCAACAUUUUCUUCUCCGUGUUCGUUUUUCCACCUUUUCCAGCCAGAGAAUAUUGCACAAUUCCCUCCACCACACACACACACACACCCCUACGUGCUUCUUUUGAGGCCGUUUACGGCCCGUGGAACAUUUCCUCUUGCAGCCCGAUGGAGAAAGCAAAGCUCUGUUUUCUCCUCUACCCUGAUGCACCCUCACAGUUCAGCUCCUUCUCUGGUGCAACCAGAGCCAGCUGCCUUAGGGAGCCAGUGACAGCGAGCGAGAAAAUGCCGCUGGCUGGGCCGUGGUGGGUUUGCACCCCGGCUCAGCUACCUGCCCAGCAGGAAGAGUUACGGAACGGCGCCGAGCUGGGCCUGCACCCAGGGGGAAGAGGAGCUUCAAGUCUGGCAUGGAAUAGCCUCCUCCUCCUCCUCCUUUACAGAUGGGGAAUGUCUUGAGAGCCAAGGGGCAAGUUAUCCCGUGCAGUGCCAUCACCCAGCGCGGCAGAAACGGCCAGCAGGACAUUUGAUAGACACAGGGCCUUCACCAGCUCUUCUGGAGCUGACUGGUGGGAGGUUCCCCUUUUCCCGGCAGGCUCGUCCCCUGCCUGCAGACUGGAUUUAUGUGGUGGGUUCCCCCAUCUACCCAAUGGAACCGGAGCAGAAUGCCGGCAAUGGACCGAGCCCUUUGGCCCAUAACCAGAGGUGAGGAGCAGCCUAUCUUGGGGAGCCUUAUCAUUGCUCCAUUACAGCACAGCUGGCCAUGCUUCCAGCUCCCGCCCAGCACCUUCAGCCCAAUUACCUGGCCACGCAGAGGUCUGAAUGGCCCCCGUGCCAAGGCUCCUAGCCUUCUCCCUCCAACUCUUUCCAUGCCUGCUGCUCCCGGAGACCCCUGCUCGGGGGUGAGUGGGGGCCAGAGGCUUACACAUAACGCUGGCUCUCUCCUGGGGCCAGCUGUCUAUCUCAUCUGCGUGAGAAAUGAAAGCGUCUGUGAGCUUAAAAGCAGGGGAGAGCCGAGUGACUGAAAAAGGGGUACAUUCCCCAGGCUGGAAAUCUCAGAAUUGCACCAGGCCCUGCCCAUGCUCCAUCUUCCUCCCAAGGGCUGUGCUCCUGCUAGGUGGCGAGAGCCCUCAGCUGCCCUGGCACUGCAAACCUGGCAUGUGGCACAGAACGCCAAAUAAGGAGCCCCAGAAUCCAAUCCCGCAGGUCUUACUCAGGUACCAGUCCCAUUGCCUGCGUAAGGGCUGGGGGAUUUUCUCCCACGGACAAACCGGGGCAGUAGAAGAAUCCUGCAACACCCCGAACUGUCCCUCAUUUUUACAGUGGGAUUCAAACUUGGUUGAAAUACUGGACUGAGAGUCUGGAGAGUUGAAAUUCUGUAAGUAAAUCUCUUGUCCUAUUGCCAUUCGGGACUAGGAGGCAAGCCUGAGCAACCACCAGAGAUAGAAGCUUCCCAGCCCACCCACUCUGGAGAGUUUACCCAAGUGCCAGAGAAGGAUCUGAGCUUCUGGAUCCUUCACUGCACCAAAGGCAAACUCUGCUCCUUUAGUGGCCAGUCCAGCCCUCACCCUGUGGGGAUCUGGGGACCCUGCCGCAUUGGUGUGCAGAAGGGGUUAGAAAGUUUUUGCAAAUUCCUCAAAUAUGUGUGUCACUCCCGCAGAGAUUUGUGGCGUUACAAAACCCAAGCAAGAAGACAGGCAGCUCAGCAGCUCUCACUUUCCAGUGCCAGACCUCCACGCACCCUUCGUCAACAGAGAGCUCAGGAUGUUUCAAAGCAGACUGUCCUGAGAGUGCCGCCCAUCAGAGUGGUGUAGGUACCAGAUUAAGAUCUGUUAGGGCAGAGUUCCAGACUCUCUAUGGUGGGAAGAGGACAUUACAUGGGGGACAUUAUAGCAUUUCAGCUAAGAAAGAAAGAAUUACAAUGCUGCCCUAGUGAUAAGCCAGAGCUGGGACUGAACCAAAACUAGAUCUAAGCCCCCCUCUCCCCCUGCUCCAAAAAACUCUGGAAAUGGUCAGCCCUGUCUCCAGAUGGAGGCUUUGUACCUUAGGUCCUUCCCUAUCCAGGGUGACCAGAUAGCAAGUGUGAAAAAUCGGGAUGAGAGUGGGAGGUAAUUGGCUCAUAUAUAAGACAUAGCCCCGAAUAUCAAGACUGUCCCUAUAAAACUGGGACAUUUGGUCACCCUAAGUCCCCACACCCCCACCCUAAACUUCUAGCAGCAUCAGAUGCCUUCUAGCAUUCUAACUCAUUUGUGUCAUGCUGACAAAUUAGGUUUUAUUGUCUAUAUAAAUAAAUAUAUAUUAUAUAUAUAUGAAAUAUAGAAAUUUAUUUCUAGA